UGGUUUUGUUUACUUCUGUAACAAACAUUUUUUGUACUAAGCAUCUAAGGGCUAUCUAAAAUGCAAUUGUUAACACAGCAGCAACUAGCUAUUAUUCUAAAUGAUAUGCCCGUGGUGUACCGAAAGCCUACAGAGCGACCAUCACCUGAAUUAUUGCCAUUUAAGAAGCAAGGAGUUCUUGCCGACUUAGAGGUUGCUCAAGAGGUGGAGAAUACUACGCUAAAUCCGAGAUAUCGUUGUCAUCAGUGUCACCGACUGUUACCCACUGCUCACUUAUUGGAUCUGCACAUAGAGGAGCAGCAUGAUGUUUAUUUCGAGGCAGCCAAGGAACGUGGGGAUAAGCCUAUGUAUAGCUGCUAUAUUGAAGAGUGUCCCGACAAGUUUCGUACGGUCGUUGAGCGAAAGGAUCACUGCAUAUCGGCACACAAGUUUCCCAACAACUAUCGCUUCGAUCAGGAGAAACGCAAGCAAAAAGAAGCUGACGGCAUGGAAGUGGAUGUUGAUGUCCAAGUUACCAAUGUAAAGGCAUUCACCUUUUCAAACAGUAAACAAAGAACUUUUAAUACGCGUGGAGUAAAGGAUCCGCUGUCUAAUGUGCAGACAAUAAAAGAUGCGCUUGAUGAGAUUGAAUAGCAUGUAAUGCUUAAUUUUUUGAGCACAAGAAAUCUUUACACGA